GAAAGCGCGAUCCCAUCUUUAUUUUUUCCAUUGGAAUACCAUAGGCCAGCGGAGCCAAUUGCAUCGAGCUGUUGUUGUUGGAGCACUCUCUGCGGCCAUUUUCCUCGCUCUCACACACGCACGCACGCACGCACGCACGAAAAAACAGAGUAGGCACCCUGUCAAGAGAACGAAUGGAGCCCCUCCGUUUGAUUUCGUUAAACAAGAGUAUCCACUGCUUCACCACGAAGGGAUGUCUGAGGAAGGAAGAGAACCCAUGCGACCAACACCACCUCCAGAAGAGAACCGUCAGGGUUGCAGAGAGUUUGGUCUCUCCUCUGAUGUCUGCUAUCCUCACCUUAUCCGCUCCCAGCCUCGCUGCUCCUCCAGUAUCCUUCAGUCAGCCUAUAUCCGAGGGCAGAGCCUUGUUUCAAAAAGCCUGCAUUGGCUGCCAUGACAUGGGAGGGAACAUAUUGCAACCUGGUGCCACUCUCUUCAUGAAGGAUCUAGAAAGGAAUGGUGUUGCCACGGAGGAGGGUAUAUACAACAUCACAUACUAUGGGAAGGGAAGAAUGCCGGGAUUUGGAGAGAAAUGUACUCCAAAAGGUCAAUGCACAUUUGGACCCCGGCUGCAGGAGGAUGAGAUCAAGCUGUUGGCAGAGUUUGUGAAGUCACAAGCUGACAGAGGAUGGCCAAAUAUCAAAAGUUAUGGAGAUUGAUUCCUGCAGAAGACAAAAUGUCCAAAUGCAACUUCUGUUAGUAGCCAGAUAAAAAUGAUGCAUUUAAAUUCAUAGGCUUGUUUGUUGACUCUGUUACACAUCCAAAGCCCUGGAGAUGAGUGCUAGACUGGAAAUAUCCAUCAGUUGCAUUUGAAUUGUUUCUAAAACAUUAUUAUGUACUUUUCAUGAGAUUGAAUCAGAAGAUAGUACCUAAUGACAAGCAAAAUGGGAGUAUCAGGAGGACAGUUAUCAAAAAGGACAAGCAGACAUAUUUGACCUUUCAUGAUGUAUCCAAACAAACACCACCCCAGAAUUUAGAAAGCAUUUUUCUUUUUA